GGCGAGAGACCUUGAGCCUCGCUUCCUGUGUGGCUGUGUGCGCGCGCGGCGGAGAGCCCGACCCGAGUGGAGACUGCGGCUCUCCCCACACGCUCUCCGGCUUGGAUCGAUCCCGCGGGUGGCGGAAGAUUUUUAAGCCCUGCCCGCGCCACCCCUCCGAGCGCCUGACCGGCCAUGAGAACCCAUGAAAACACUUUUGUGAGUAUUGAGAAAAGUAUGUGGCUUUCUUCUUGGACCAAAGCAAUGGCAGCAAACCCUCCUGUGGCACCUUAAAGGAUAGCAAACUCAUUGUGGUAGCGGUUUUCGUGGGCCGGACGCCACUUUGGUGGAUGCUUGACCUUUGGGGUCCCUUACAGCUCUACAGAUCUAUGAACCAAGUCAUCCUUUGUGUCAGCAAAUGCAUGUACUGCGGCCUGUAAACUUGACCUGUCCAUCAAAAUUUCAUCCCACCGAUGAAGAGACCUGUUAUCUCAAAAUGGACCGACAAACUUCCACCUCACCUCGGGUGGCUUUCCACUCGAGUUUGGAGGUAUCGACGUUUCAUAUCGUGAGGUUUUCCUCGGAAUUCUUGCGGCGAUUUUUGACUGUUUUGCAGCUGGAGCAGUGCCAGAUUUAUGUAUAAGCUAAACAAGCUAUAGCUUAGGGCCCCACUCUCUUGGCGCCCCCCCCCCCAUUCACUAUACUUCUUAAAUGUAUUUCAGUUCAACAAUUACUUUGAUAAAAUACAUAUUUUGUUAUGUGCAAAUGGCUUUAGAUACCUAUUAGGUCCAUAAAUUACCAUAUAGCAUAUAUCCCACACUAAAAACAGCGACAAUUUGUUGUUGACAAAGGAUAGCUGGACAUAUAAAGGGCCCCAUUACCUUCAGUAGCUUAGGGCCUCAUCAAACCUAAAUCUGGUAUUAUCCCCACUUCCCAAUUGUUUAGGAAAAGCUGGAGACGGUUACUAGGAGAUAAAAAUAAGGACUCUUCCUUCUGGGGCAGAAGGUUUUUCAUGGAAGCACCGCCACAGCCAAGAACAUCGGGUAUAAAGAAGGAAUACCCGUGCCCGGAAUGCGGGAGGAAUUUUAAACGGAACUCUCACCUUGUCCGACAUAAAAGGCUCCACACAGGCGAGAAGCCUUACAAAUGCCCGGAGUGUGGGAAAAGCUUCCGGCAGAGCACGGAUGUUAAUACACACCGGAGAAUCCACACAGGGGAAACGCCCUUUCAGUGCAAGCAGUGUGCGAAAUGCUUUCGGUACCGGACGGGUCUCGUGAAGCACGUGAGGGCCCACGAGGAAGAGAAAGCGAAAUCCCGCAGGAAUUGCCUGGAAUGCGGGAAAAUCAUUAGCGGCACUUUAGUCUCAGUUGCCAGCCAGACGUCCCCCGCGGCGGGGGAAUCCCAUAAAUGCCCUGACUGUGCGAAAAACACCCAAGAGAGCUCGCAUCUCGUCGUGCACCUACCGGUCCGCGCAACGGAAGAAAACUAUAUGUGUCCUGACUGCGGAGAAGGGUUUUGCCACAGCUUUCAGCUUAUCGGACACAGGAAUCUCCACACCAGAUUUCAGAUUCCUAAUCCCGGUACUCUCUGCGGCCUGGAGCCGGGCGUGGCGCCUUUGCCCUCGGAUCAUCGGGAUGAGGAGCAGAGGGAGAGUCCUGGAAGCAUGUGCGGAGCCUGCGACGAUGCUGUGCCCACGGGAAAUGAGGAAGAGGACCCGUCUUCCCACGAGAGACUUUCUCAGACGUUGCUGGGAAGGCUGCAGAUACUUGAUCCCCGAAGGAAAGAGGCCUCUAAGGCGAGGCCCGGCUUCUCCAAGGGGCAGUGGAAACGGCCGGCGCCCAGGGGAAGGGAAACGGCGGAGGACGGGAGUUCCGCCUCUCCUGUGUGCGAGCGGUUCCUCCGCUCGGAGAGGAGGCACCUCUGCUUCAUGUGCGGGAAGAGGUUCCGGUACGAGUCCCACCUGGUCAUUCACGAGCGGAUCCACACGGGAGAGAAGCCCUUUGAAUGCAGCACCUGCCAUAAAGGCUUUCGGGACCGCUCGGACCUGAGCAAGCACCAGAAAACUCACUCAGAGGACAAACCCUACAAGUGUCUCGACUGCGGCAAAAGCUUUCACCACCAGUUGACCUUUAUUAGGCACCAGAGGCUCCAUCCCAGGGAGAGCUCCCACGAUCCGGGCCGGGUGUACUUUGCCAUCCUCCCCUCGUUCCACGUGGGCGCAGAGAUGAGCAUUGGGGAUGGGACGGAGCCCACCGAGAACCUUGGCUUUCCCUUUAAACAAAAAGUGACAAUGUGGCAAGUGUAAGGAAGGAGAGCUUCCUUUGGAGUGAAUAUCCUGUGCUUUCACAUAAAAACUUGGAUGCUGCUGAAGAGAUUUAAGGAAUCACGUUCCAAAAGUCCUGCAAAAUGGGGUGGAGGCAAGAGACCACGUAAGCUACAAAGGUUUUUCACAGAUCAAGACAACUUGCAGAAAGAGGAGGAGUCAAUCGCCUGCUGGAGAUUUGAUCGAAACCACGUUCCGGUUUAGAAGCCACACAGCCAAGAAACCACAAAUUGCUGGAACGGUUUAAAGCGAUACUCGUGCACCAUUGUGCUUCAAAGAUUGCACGUUCUGGAGAAGUCCAGCCAAAGCAGAAAUUCUAGGAACGUUGUUUUUUUUUAAUGCAAGUUUAAAGGCUAAGCUGCCAAGAAUCCCUAGAAUGGCAAAAUCAGAACAUUUCACUGACCUUCCGGAAAGUAUGCGGUGAAAGAGAAUCUGUUCUGUCAGACCUCCUUUGCUGUUCCUUCUGCUGGGCUUCCCUCUUCCAGCGUGCGAGCCUUGAUUUAUGUCAGAGAAGCCAUGGGGGAGAAGGAACCCUUUUUGAUAAGAAAAGCUUCACAUACAGUGGGAGAAAGCUUACGAAUGCCCAGAGUGAGGAAAUACUGUGUUGCCAAAUCCUACUAUUAUAAAGUUACACCGUCAAGUUGCUCUGAGACUUUUUGGACAAGAAUGGUAAUAAAUAACAUUAAUAGUCCAUGGCGCUGUGGUCUAAACCACUGAGCCUCUUGAGCUCGCCGAUCAGGUGGUCGGCGGUUCGAAUCCACGCCCAAAAAAGUGCAAGUAGAUAAAUAGGUACCGCUCUGGCGGGAAGGUAAAUGGCGUUUCCGUGCACUGCUCUGGUUUUGGUGUUCCGUUGCACCAGAAGCGGCUUAGUCAUGCUGGCCACAUGACCCAGAAAAACUGCAGACAGAUGCCGGCUGCCUCGGCCUGUAAAGUGAGAUGAGUGCCGCAACCCCAGAGUCGUCUGCGACUUAACUAUCAGGGGUCCUUUACCUUUUUUAUAUAAGAGGGAAACCACAAGUGUGGUUGUGCAGUAUGCUAGAAGGAGGGUCCCUGGCUUCGCACAGGAUCCCUCUGGAUGAAGGACUUGCGUUCCUACUUUUUUCUAGACUACCUGGCAAUAUUAUAGACACCACUCGUUCAUUCAGAGGUUUUGCAAGGAGAGGCUGGUUGGUUGCCUAUCAUGGAUGAUGCAGCACAGGUGUUGGUGUGUGGGGAAAAUUUUGGCCCUCUGGAUGCUGCUGAACUGCAAAUCCCACCACCCCUGGCCAUUGGCUGUGCUUGUUGGGGGAGUGUGGGAUUAUGAAGAUGAAUCCUUCAUAAUAUGAUAAUAGUUCUGCAAUCAGCAUACCUAGAACAGCAACAAAGGGUCCGGCACACUUCCUUAGCGUGCUUCUGCUGUCCGGAGCUUCCGGAACUCAGCAGAGUGAUUUACAGCCACGGCGGGAGGGUCGAAAGCGAAGGAGAGUAGAUAGAAAGCACUCCUACGCAGCUUCUCUAAUCUAAAGAAGCUUUAUUUACAGCCAAGCGCAUAAAUCGCGGACACGGAGCAAUGGAUUCAAAACUACAAGAAAGGAGAUUCCACCUAAACAUUAGGAAGAACUUCCUGACAGUAAGAGCUGUUCGGCAGUGGAACUUGCUGCCAAGGAGUGUGGUGGAGUCUCCUUCUUUGGAGGUCUUUAAGCGGAGGCUUGACAGGCAUAUGUCAAGAAUGCUUUGGUGGUGUUUCCUGCUUGGCAGGGGGUUGGACUGGAUGGCCCUUGUGGUCUCUUCCAACUCUAUGAUUCUAUGAAAUCAGUCCAGGGGUCGGGGGGUGGAAGAAGACGACAUCUUUUCCCCUUCAUCUCAAAAACUAAAGUGAUAGUCGCACAGAACAAAGCAUAAGUCCCGGAUGGGACUGCCCCCAGUGUCAGGACGCACUUCAUCAGAGCAUUAACCCUGUGAGCUCUGGUUCUCUCCACAGGGAUUUGUCAUUCAUCAGGAUCUGGAAGGCCAAAGGUUUCCCACGCCUGUUUCCUUUAUUGGCAUGGCAGGGUCAAAUACAGUGGUAUCUUGGGUUACAGACGCUUCAGAUUACAGACGCUUCAGGUUACAGACUCCGCUAUCACAGAAAUAGUACCUCGGGUUAAAAACUUUGCUUCAGGAUGAGAACAGAAAUCACGCGGCAGCAGCGGGAGGCCCCAUUAGCUAAAGUGGUACCUCAGGUUAAGAACAGUUUCAGGUUAAGAACGGACCUCCAGAAUGAAUUAAGUUCUUAACCUGAGGUACCACUGUACAGGGUCUUUUGAGGUCCGUUCCAAUGCUAUGAUUACAGCAUUUGGGACUUUUUAGUUUAGGGGAAAUAGGAGUAAGAGACAAGAAGACAGAUGUCUAUAAAAGUAUGCAUAGGAAGGAGAGAAUGAGUCGAUAUAAGUUUUUCUCCCGUUCCCUCAUAGCACUAGAACUUGUGCACAUCCAGUGUAACUUGAAUGUUGGAAGAUUUAGUAUUUAUUCACACAUCAGCACCUAGUAAAACAAUGGAAUUUGCCUCUGCAGUGAUGGCCCUGACGCCCCUCCCUGGCCCGCCCCUCGCCCAGAGACAGGCAAAGCGCGCACCGAGCAGGUGAGCGAUCAGCCAGCCGCGUUAAAAGCCAAGGCGGCUGCGCUCUUGAAAAGGACCUUCCCAACCCCAGCAAGCUCCGCGCGCAGCCCCGCCCUUCCGCCCACACUCUAUUGAGUGGCAUGUGAAGCAGCCAACGGAGCCUUGCUUGGCUGCUUCACAUGCCACUCAACAGAGUGGCGCAGAUGGCAGCCAGCAACAUCGGGGCCUCUCCACGAUGGCGGUCGCAGCAGCAGCGGCCGCCGUUGGUGGAGGGGGUGAGGGGGUGCUGCCCCCCACCCAAGUAGAGCCUGGGUUGCCCCGCCCCUAUUGGCCCCCUUGCUACGCCCCUGUGCUCCUCCACAUGCAGCUGGUGGAUGACCUUGGGCUAGUCACACUUCUCUGAAGUCUCUCAGCCCCACUCACCUCACAGAGUGCUUGUUGUGGGGGAGGAAAGGAAAGGAGAAUGUUAGCCGCUUUGAGAUUCCUUCGAGUAGUGAUAAAGCGGUAUAUCAAAUCCAAACUCCUACUCAUCCUCCUCCUUCCUGACCUUGACGGGCAGGCUGAUAAGACAGUAGCUGAGAGCAGACUAGAACACAGCCAAAGUUUGCAGGAAGCACAAAUAGGAGCGAAGAGAUUCAGAGACAGCCUCUCAGAACAAGAAGAGGGUGGGGCUGAUCCACUAAGUCCGAGGAGUCGGCAAAUGGGAGGGCUGCUAGACAGGAAGCAAAACAAGAGACAUAAAAGUCAUAAGUUCAAUAUCUUCUGUAGACGCCGGAAAGAGUCUUCAGAAGAGUCAUCUUGAAUAAUGAUGCCGGAGGCUUUGUUGGAGCCGUCCGGAGCUAUCUGUAUGUUUUUGCAAUAAAUCCUCCUUUUUAAUUA